AUGCUUGACCUUUCCCAAACCCAAAUUAACCAUUUGCCCAUUCUGAAAGAACUUAAAACACUCACUCGGCUCAUAUUAAAAAACUGCAAAUCCAUAACCAGAUUGUCCAAAUUUGAUUCGUUAGCUUCUCUCCAUAAUCUGGGUCUUUCUGGUUCUACUAAACUGAAGCAAAUCCAUCAUGAUGAUUCCUUUAAAAACAAAGGUGGCCUCAAAGUCCUUGAUUUAUCUGAAUCUGGAAUUGAUAGUUUACCUUCCAGUUUUACAAACCUUUCUACUCUUGAGUCGUUUGAUCUUUCUGGUGUCUCUAAUUUGGUCAAAAUCCGAGAAAAUAUCUUUGUAGGGAUGACAUGUCUUCGUAGUCUCAACCUCUCAAACACUAAAAUUGAAGAACUGCCACCAUCCAUUUCCAAUCUUAAGAACCUUCGUCAGCUCCUUCUAAGUAAUUGCCCAUUGAAAACAUUGCCAAAAACGGGAGGGCUUACUAGACUUGAGAAAUUUGAUCUUUCUAAUGCCUCUAGUCUGGUUAAAUUCGAAGACGGAUCCUUUGACCAUUUGACUAACCUCCGCUAUCUCAACUUCUCAAACACCCAAAUUACAAGUCUACCAUCUAUAGCCAAACUCGUGAAGCUUCGCCAACUUUUGCUACAAAAUUGUGUACACUUGUCUGAGUUGCCGUCCUUGGAUGCCCUUGAACAACUGGAGGAGCUUGAUCUAUCAGUAAAAGAAACAGAAAAUAAAUCCUCUCAAUCUUCUAAAGAACCUUUGGCAGAGCCUUUGAAAGAAACUGAGGCUAAAUUACCAGUGAAAGAAACAGAAAAGAAACCUUCUGAGUCUUCUGGAGAACUUUCGGCACAAGUAAAAGCAACAGAAAAGAAGCCCUCUGAGUCUUCUGGAGAACCUUCGGCAGAGCAUUUGAAAGAAACUGAAGCUGCUAAAUCACCAGUAAAAGAAACAGAAAAGAAAUCCUCUGAGUCCUCUAGAGAACCUUCAAAAGAAACUGAAGCUAAAUUAUUAGUAAAAGAAACAGAAAAGAAAUCCUCUAGGUCUUCUGGAGAACUUUUGGCAGAGCCUUUGAAAGAAGUUGAAGCAAAAUUCUUGGAGAAUAUGGUCCACCUUAGGCUGCUCAACCUAUCAGGAACAAAACUUAAGAUUAAGAUACCCCUAAUGUCCAACCUCACCAGCGUCACCAACCUUACCGAGCUUUGCCUAGGAGGUUGUAAACUUUCAGAUACUGUUCCAAGUUUGGAAAUGUAUACAAAGCUAAAUGUUUUGGAUCUUUCAAAGACAGAAAUUCAAUCUUUACCAUCACUUGAGAAUCUCACCAAUCUCCGUGGUCUAAAGUUAAGAGGUUGUAAAAAAUUACAGCAACUACCAGAUCUGAAGUCAUUUAAAAAUUUGGAGUCUCUUGAUUUACAAGAGACUGGGGUCAAAGAAUUUCCCUAUUGGAUCUCAGAGUUGACUCAUUUGAAGCACCUUGAUUUACCAGACUUAAAUGAUCUUAAAACACUUGAUUGGGAGAUGAUAAAGAACUUACCAGAGGAGCUAAACUGGGAUCAUUGUGGCAUCUUCAAGUUCAAUGAAAAGAGGCCUUGCAUGUCAUUGAGUGGCACUGAAUUUUUCCAAUAAUUGACGAAAAAAAAUUUUCCAAUAUGGGAGACAUGUUUCAAAGAAUUUCAAUUCUCUGUUUGUGCUCUUACGAAGGAAGGGAAAGAUUCUAGGAAAGAAAAGGAGAAAAACAAAGGUUCCAUCCAAGGAAAGAAGGAAAACAAAGUUUCGAGGCCAGAAAAUAAGGAUGACAAAGCUUCGAGCCAAGAAAAGAAGGAAGACAGAGCUUCUAGCCAAGAAAAGAAGCAAGACAAAUCUUCUAGCCAAGAAAAGAAG